CCGUGUGAUUGCCUGUUGACUCUAGACUAUCGCAGAGGUGAAAAGUGAAGUCGACCAUGUGAUGGUUGGAAUCGAUGACGAUGACGCCGGUCAAGCGCACUGGGUGAAUGCGGUCACAUAAGUGGUGAUUAACCCCGAUACGGAAAUGGCCAUAAUCAAGUCAGAAACUCCCCCGUGCUGAGUGAAGUUCACUCGUUCAGACGUCGUAUAUCACCGGUAGUCCGGGUGGUUCCUUGGUCGAAAAUACCCAUGCAAUCCCUCUAUAGUGUACACUGGAUCGUCUACUUCGACAUCGGGUCUGGACGCGUGAUUAAAUUCGACAUGCUCCCAGGCGGCGGCCCCGACGGAAUGACUGGUUGUCUACAGGCGGUGGUAUGCGACACCCCAGCCACUCAAGACCUCCCCGCCAGCUUCGCCGCAAACAUAGCAGCGUCCGCGAGCUUGUCAGGCCAAGAGAUCCUAGACUCGCUACUCGAAAAACCCCGAACGCGGAAUCGGUACAUGUACGACCAGACCGGGUCCGGGUGUCGCUUUUGGUGCCGCACCGUCCUAGAGGAUCUCCAACGCGCUGGGAUCGUCCCGUCCGGUUCGCUCGAGCAGUUCGACGAGUACAUUUCGCGGAAGAGCGAGGAGAACCCUGCUCGAUUCCCUAUGCCGACGCGUCGCGGUCGUUUUUACUGAUACUCAAUGUUGAUCUUUCUAGAGCAGCUUGUCAUCGCUAUUGCAUUCGAUCGAUGCUUCCUUUUCGUGUUUGACAAAAUG